GGGCUCCCGGAGCGCGUCCGGGCCGGCCGAGGGCAGCGCUGCCCGCACCGCGCUCGGGGAGAACGCCCCGGGGCCCCGCGUCCAGGCGGACGGACGGACGGACGGACGGACGGAGCGCCAGAGUUCGGAUGCUGCGGGGAAAAGCGUGGGCAGCUGUCAUGUAGAUGUUGAUAUGUAAAGCAAAAUGGCAAAAAUCAACACCCAGCACUCCUACCCUGGUAUGCACAGCCUGUCUGUCAGAACUAUUGAUGAAGAUAUCGAAAGGAUUGAAAAUGGCUAUAUCAGAACCCAUUCACUGUAUGAGGAUGCACCCUCAGAACUGCAGGGAGUCGUUUCUGUGGAGGGAAGGCAUGUACCUGAAUCCCAGGCGAGCUCCUUCACGGGCAGGGGAGCAAUGGCAAGGCUGUCACGAUUUGUCUUAUCUGUAAGGUCAUGGGCCAUGAGACACCUGCACCAUGAAGACCAAAGGCCUGAUUCUUUCCUAGAACGUAUCAGAGGGCCGGAGCUCGUAGAGGUGUCCACCAGGCAAAGCAAUAUCCGCUCCUUUCUGGGUGCCCGUGAGCGGCCCGGGGGAGCAAACAGUCACUGGCCCUUAGCCAGGUUCAAUGUCAACUUUAGCAACAACACCAAUGAAGACAAAAAGGAAGAAAAGAAAGAGGUUAAAGAGGAGAAAAAAGAGGAAAAGAACGAGGAAAAGAAAGAUGACAAAAAAGAUGACAAAAAAGAUGACAAAAAAGAUGAUAAGAAAAAGGAAGAGCAGAAAAAAGAGGUCUUUGUGAUAGAUCCUUCAAGCAAUCUGUACUACAACUGGCUGACCAUAAUUGCAGCACCCGUGUUCUAUAACUGGUGUAUGCUAGUGUGCAGAGCCUGCUUUGAUGAGCUACAAAUGGACCAUAUUAAAAUGUGGCUGUUCUUGGAUUAUGUAUCUGAUAUUAUCUAUCUUCUUGACAUGCUCGUCAGAUUCAGAACAGGCUUCCUUGAACAAGGCUUGCUAGUUAAGGACGAGAAGAAAUUACGAGAACAUUAUACCAGCACUAUGCAGUUCAAACUGGACGUGCUGUCUCUUGUGCCAACGGACCUGGCAUAUGUCAAGCUUGGUUUGAACUACCCUGAGCUCCGAUUUAACCGCUUGCUGAGGAUCGCUCGGCUCUUCGAGUUUUUUGACCGUACUGAGACCAGGACAAAUUAUCCGAACAUGUUCCGUAUCGGCAAUCUCGUGUUAUACAUUCUUAUCAUCAUCCAUUGGAAUGCGUGUAUAUACUUUGCAAUAUCGAAGGUGAUCGGGUUUGGAACUGACUCCUGGGUGUAUCCCAACGUGUCUGUUCCGGAGUACGCGCGCCUGUCCAGGAAGUACAUUUACAGCCUGUACUGGUCGACCCUCACGCUGACAACCAUCGGAGAAACACCGCCCCCCGUGAAAGAUGAGGAGUAUCUCUUUGUGGUCAUCGACUUCCUGGUGGGCGUGCUCAUCUUUGCUACCAUUGUCGGUAAUGUCGGCUCUAUGAUUUCCAACAUGAAUGCUUCCAGGGCAGAGUUCCAGGCCAAAGUGGAUUCCAUUAAACAGUACAUGCAAUUCCGAAAAGUGACUAAGGAUUUGGAAGCCAGGGUUAUUAAGUGGUUUGAUUACCUCUGGACCAACAAGAAAACAGUGGAUGAGAAGGAAGUUCUCAAAAAUCUGCCUGACAAGUUGAAAGCUGAAAUUGCCAUCAAUGUCCAUUUGGACACACUGAGGAAAGUGCGUAUAUUCCAGGAUUGUGAAGCUGGACUUCUCAUUGAGCUGGUGCUGAAACUGAAACCUACAGUCUUCAGUCCUGGGGACUACAUUUGCAAAAAAGGAGAUAUUGGAAGAGAAAUGUACAUUAUCAAAGAGGGGAAAUUGGCUGUGGUGGCGGAUGAUGGCAUAACCCAAUUUGUAGUCCUAAGUGAUGGCAGCUACUUUGGUGAAAUCAGCAUCCUAAACAUCAAAGGUAGCAAAUCUGGCAACAGGAGGACAGCCAACAUUAGGAGUAUUGGUUAUUCUGAUUUGUUCUGCUUGUCUAAGGAUGAUUUAAUGGAAGCUCUCACAGAAUAUCCAGAAGCCAAAAAGGCUCUGGAAGAGAAAGGACGUCAAAUUCUAAUGAAAGACAAUUUAAUAGAUGAGGAGGCAGCAAAAGCGGGAGCUGACCCAAAAGACUUGGAAGAAAAAAUAGGACGACUUGAAGUAGCUCUGGAUACGCUGCAGACUAGGUUUGCGAGGCUCUUGGCAGAAUACUCCUCAGCUCAACAAAAGGUGAAACAGAGACUUGCCAGAGUAGAAACCCGAGUGAAAAAAUAUGGUAGUGGCAGCUUAUCAAUUGCAGAAGCAGAGGCUGAAAAACCUGAGGAGGAGAAAAAGCAGUAAUGGAGUAUUUAUAUUUCCUCAUUUAUUGGAGAAAGUUGAAGCACUGAAAGCCAUAAAUGUAUGUAAAUAUGUGUGUGCAUACAUAGACAUAAUUAUUUUUAUAUGAACUCAAGAGAAUGGUUUUUAGCAUUUUUAACUGAAGCAGUAUUUUCUUGUAAAUAGAACACUGUCACUUUCUUCUUGGGGGAGAUUUGGUCUGGCACUUGGGUACUUUUUUGUACUGAGAGUGGGUUUCUUACAAGUCAUGCUCAGAAUGUCUGUUUUGUUUGGUACCUGUGGGUCUUGACACAUUGUCUCUUCCUGCGCAUCAUGCGUUAAGAAGGCAUUGUACUUGAAGGGAUUAAUUUCUUUUCUUUUUGAGAGCUUAACAAAUAUUUAUAGGGUACCCUGCUCUAACUUGCUACUUUAGUAGCUGAUUAAAUACAUGGAUGUAUGUCUGGGUUUCUCAAAAUCUUUGUUCUUUCACAGUCUGUGCAAACAGUUGGACGACAGCUAAGCAGUGUCAGGUACCUGGCCCUUGCAGUGCACCCUGCACGUGUACGGAAUAGCCGUACAUCCAGAUGCUUUAGUCUGAUUCUCUCUAAUGAGCUGGGCUCUGCACAAAGGACCAUGCUGACAGAGUAGCAGUGCUUAUUCAUGUCCCUUCUGGCAGGGUCUGUGACAGCCUUUGCUGGUCUGCAACUGCUUCACAAGGGGACAGAGGGGGGAUCCUCCCUUCUGCUUUUUUUAGCCCAGUUCCAUCCCCACUGGUAAAACCCACACUUGGAAAGGAGUCCCCUAAAGCCUGCUGGUGGAAGGUGUCUGGGGCAAUAUGGCUUCACCGAAGCUGGGAAAAGAGGGCCCUGGUGCAUGCAGCUCCCAUAUGUAGGGUGCUGAGUGAACUCCCUGGCAAGUGGGCAGUCCCUGAGGGAGGCUACUGAGAAAUCCCAUGGCCCAGCAGGGCAGGCUUUCCUUGCCUGCCAGGCAGCUUGCUCCCACAACAGGGUUGCUGAAAGGCAGGGAGAACAAGCCCUGUGUUGCAAAGUCAUUCCACUCACUUAGGCCUUUGUUUUCUUCCUUUUCAUUUCUUCUAAGCAUGUCUACUCCAUUUCCCUUUGCUGUUUACUGCCAUCUUUUCUCCAAAAUAGUUGUCACAUUACCAUGUUUCCAUUAGUUAGGGAGAAUGCAGAAGAUACUAGCUUUCAUUUUUUGCUGUACAGUAUUUUGCUGUCAUGCAACUUUCCCUAUGUUACUUUCAUCCUCCUGUAUCUCACUGGCUUUUGAAAAGUAUGGAGUAGCAGAGGCUGUUCAGCAUGUACGGCAUGGGAUCCUCCAGUGGCAUUAGGUAUUACUAAGGGCAGUGCUCUGACUUUUGGUUUCAGCCCUUACAACAGUAUCUGGGAUUGAUGGCCUGUUGGAAAAUUGGUGAGAAACUCACUGAGAAGAGGGUGGUGUAACUGGGUGGUAGUGGAAUGAAAAGAGACAGUUUUGCUAAACUGAGUACUACUGCUCAGAGUAAGCCCUUGUCGCUAGGCAAGCAGCUCUCCCCUUCUAUUGACAUUUCUGAGCCUGAUGAGGGAGACAAAUCUGUCAGUGAUUAAGGAAUGGGGCUUUGCCAACAGCACUGGCAAAGCGACCACUGGGUAGUAAAGUCCACACAUGGCCCAUGUCUAAACUCCUGUUACUGUUAGCCUAGAAGCCAACUACACUUACAGAUCUUCCCUAAAUUGGGCUUAACUGCUGUUACCAAAAUAUCCACUGAUGGUAACAAGUGGUUUGGAAAGUAGCCAAGAUCUGUAUGUGGCCAGUGGCACUCUGCUACUCCAUACUCCAUCAGCUGAAUCUUGUCCUUAUUUUCUUUAAGGGCUUGAGAGAAAUGGGGGAACUGCGAGAGGCUGGUUUUGGCAGGGGUGUAGUGCCCUUGGUCCCGCCCAGAGGCAGGCAGGGCUUAGGUGGAGCUGGGCUUAUUGCAGGGUGCCCCUGUGAGCACCGAUGGUGCCGUCACAGGCUGCUCAACUUGCAGCUUUCACCUCGUGACAGAGGUGGGUACUGCACUCGCCUUGGCUGACAUUCACUGUUGUGUGACUCAAACCCACCUGGUAUCUGGUAGGGGUUUUGUGCAUAUCAACAUGUUCUCCAUCAGUCAUCAUUCUCUGUAAAUACCUGUCUACCCAACACAGCACAGCUGUUCCAGUCCACUAGGGUGAGUAAAACUGUUCAAAGUACUCUAUACCGAAUUUAUACCUGUUUAAAAACCCUACAAACACAGGACUGCUUCUUUACCUGAUGGAUCAGAACAGCCUAAUCUAUCAGUUAAAUACAUGUUUGCUCUUCCCUUUCCGUGCCUCUUGAUCUGGUUUUCAUAUGCCAGAAAAAGAGCAUUUUGAUGCUAUUGGCUUCAGUCACUUUGAAACAUACAGCUUCUGGCAUGAUGAAAUCACAUCCUUUGACAUCUUUCAUCUCUGUAAGAUGUUUUUUCCUCUUCUUUAAUGUGGCUACAACAUGUACAUUAAAAUACUUUGAGUACUGUUCAAGCA